AUGGUGAAAACCAAAGCCCAAUCGAAGAAGAAGGCGCAAAAACGCGGAAUAGAUUUCAAAAAAAUAAAGAAGAAAAUUGGUCGAAAAUUGCCGCCUCCGAAGAAUGCUACAAACACUGAAAUCAAAUCCAAAGCAAUAGUUCUUCCAGAGCAGAGUGUAGCCUCUGAAAAGGCGGGUUUAGCAGUUAGCAAAAAAGGUUUAACAUUGAAGGAGCUGCUUCAGCAGACAAGCCAUCAUAACUCCAAAGUCAGGAGAGAUGCAUUGAUAGGUAUUAAAGAUGUAUUCCUUAAGCACCCUGCCGAGCUAAAAUUGCAUGAACUUGCUGUUAUAGAGAAACUGCGCGAACGCAUUGGCGAUGAUGAUAAGUUGGUCUGUGAAACACUUUAUCAACUUUUUAAGUCAGUGAUAUUCCCUGGCUGUAAAGAGGAAAAUAAUUGGCUAUACAUGGAUGGAACUGAUCCUACGAUAUUAGACUAUCAGAUCACUUGGAUACGUGAGCUUGCUCCAUUGCUAAUUUUGUUAGGUGACAAAAACCCUACAUGUUCCAAGUCUUCUGUGGAGAUCAAAGCAUUGGUAUAUUGGCUCUAUCCUUCAGCAAUGAUCAAGGGUUUGAAUUUUGCUGCCAAAGCUAAUUUUUAA